AUGCGAUACUUGCACUACCCAGCACAACCAAAAGAUGAAGAUGAGCGAUUGAACUGGGGGAUUGGUGCUCACACUGACUUUGGCUGCGUGACCCUGCUUCUCCAAGAUGAAGUGGACGGUCUUCAAGUUUUGGACGCACCUUCGGGACAAUGGCUUGAUGUUAAACCAGUAGAGGGGGCCUACGUUGUGAAUCUCGGAGACCUUUUCUUGCGCAUGGCCAAUGAUAAAUACAAGUCCAAUAUCCAUCGGGUGAUCAACAAAUCUGGCCAGGAGAAAUACUCAAUUCCGUUUUUCUUCAGCGGGAACCCUGAUUACCUUUUGCGAGUGCCUUCCCAAUUGCCGGGCGCCGGACGAGCCUGCGAAAUAUCCGCCAAUUACAGUCCAAGACAUGAUGACGGGGGCUUAUAA